AUGCCCAGCUUACUCAUUCUCUUCUUAAUGAUCUUAUUUCUCCUGGAGUCUAUGGCAGCAAUGAUAGGAAAUGGUUUCAUCAUCAUAGUGCUGGGCAGGGAGUGGGUGCAAUGUUGGAGCCUGCCCCCUCGGGAUAUGAUCUUGGCCAGCCUGGGCAUCUCCCGUUUCUUUCUACAGUGGGCAGCAGUUCUUAGCAAUUUCCAUACAUAUUUCUACCCAGCUAACAGAAGUUUCAUCCUUGACAUUAUCUGGAAUUUUACUAACAUGGCUACAUUCUGGUUCACCACCUGCAUUGCCUUUUUCUACUGUGUGAAAAUUUCUUCCUUCACUCACCCAAUCUUUCUCUGGCUGAAGUGGAGAAUUUCUCGAUUUGUCCGCUGGCUACUCUUGUGGUCCCUACUGAUAUCCACUUUGAUAUGCAUCUCAUUUUUUCUGAAGACCUAUCUUGUUUUCCAACUGCAAGUCACUGGCAAUUACUCAGAAAAGACCACUUUGGAGGAUUUGAGAAGUAUGUUAUUACACAGUCAUUUUUUCCUGCCUCUGCAAACAUUUACUUUGUUAAUUCCUUUCCUCUUCUUCUUGGUCUGCAUCAUCUUGAUCAUUUCCUCCCUGUGCCGACACUUGGGGAACAUGCAGCACCGUAUUGCUGGGCCUUGGAAUCCAAAUAUGCAGGUCCAUGUUACAACCCUGAAGUCAUUUCUCUUCUUUCUCAUCCUCUAUACAUCAUAUGUUCUGCCUCUGAUGAUUUCCCUCUCAAGACCUCGCAGUCUUUCAGUUUGCAGCUCUCAGUUUUGGGUAUGGGAGGUAGUGAUCUAUGCUGGCAUCUCCAUCCAUCCUGCCUUCCUGAUCCUGAACAGCUCAAAGCUGAGGAGGGCUCUGAAGAAGAUGCUGCAUGACCCAGAGGCCGCCUGA